AUGGAGUCAAGUGAUAGUAGGACGAUUGGUGAUGUCUCGACGGCGUCCGACAAACGAAACGUCGUCCCCCAGAAGACCGGGGCCCAAUUCGCCCUCUGGGAUACCUUGGACAAAUCGUCACGGCCCUCGACUUCCUAUCGCAACAGCCAGCAGAAGGCCACCAUGGACGCACUUCCCAUCACCAAGAAGCUCAUAGCUUUUGGUAGCAAGAAGAUCUACCUGUAUGCACCCGUGCCCACACCAAUUGCUCUCACUGAAGCAUUGACUAACGUCUCUCCCCAAAUUAGUCCUAAAUUCACAAUCGCACUCAUCCGCACCCCCCGCCUAUCCCCCUACCACGCCCGCUUCCUCGUGCCCCUCGACUUUUCCAAAUACGAUCUCCGCGACUACCUCUACCACGCCUACAAUGUGCGCUGCUUCAACCUACGCUCCUACGUCAAGCAAAUGCCCGUGCGCGAUACGCGCGACGAACAACAGACCUGGUUCCGACCCGAGUCGAAGAAGUACAUGACGGUCGAGCUCGAGCAUCCGUUUGUCUGGCCCGAGACGCCGGAUCUGACGCCGUGGGGACCCAAGGAUCGAAAGCGUGAGAUUGAGGAUUCGGCGAGGAAUGCGGGCGUGUUGGAGGGUAGGGGGAUUCGGGAGAGGGCGAGGACGCUGCGGGAGCAGGCGAGGGAGCUGUUGGGGACUGAGUUGAAGGAGAGGGAUCCCGGGGUUACUGGGAGGCUGUGGAAGAAGAAGAGGAGGGAGGUCAAGGGCAAGUCGGCGUUGGAGCUUUGGGAGUCGAGAAGGCCGGAUAAGUUGAUUGAGAGUGAUGAGGCGGAACGGUUUAUUGUAAAGGCUUGA